AUGUUGACUUCAAACGUUAGCCAUCGCGAGCGCACAUGGUUUAAAUUAAACGCCAACACAACAGUUGAUGAGUUCACAGUCGCCAUUAUCAGAGGCGGCAUUGGCGGACUCGCCCUCGCCAUCAGCUGCGUCCGACGCGGCAUCAAAGUCAACAGUGAAGACUAUUAUGAGCUGCUCUUCGUCAAUUGCUCGUCUGAUACAGCUUCCCUGGUAAUCGGCUGCGACGGAGUCAAGUCGCGCACGCGGCAGCUCGUCCUCGACGAAAACGACGCUGUCUCACCACAAUUCAGCGGUAAGUAUGCAUAUCGCGGGCUGGUGCCCAUGGACGACGCCGUGGUUGCACUGGCGCAUCCGUCUACACCGCAUCAGGGAGCGGGCGCCAGGCAGGCGAUUGAAGAUGCGCUCGUUUUGAGUGAGCUGUUGCGAACGUGGUGUGAUAGCAGUCCUUCCUCUGGUGUGCCCGUUGAAAAAGUGAUUGCUGCGUAUGAUGCUGUCCGGCGGCCUCGAUCACAGAAACUGGUGACCACCAGCCGAGCGACCGGGAUGAUGUAUGAUUGGGAGCAUCCAGACUGUGGGAGUAAUCUCGACAAGGUCCGAGCGUAUUCGCUCGAGAGGUUCUCGUGGACAUGGGAUGAGGAUUUGGACGAGCAGAUCCGAGUGGCAGUGGACAUGGCGAGUUAG